GUCUAGCUGUGAUUUUCGACUUUGCACUACUAGGUACUCUUUCCUCGACUGGCUAUAUCACCGCUACAAGGCGUCUCGAGCACAGCUUGAAUGGAAUGACAUAAAGGAGCGGUCUCUGUCUCUUGUUUUUCCCAUCUUGGUUCUACUGUGUCACGACCAAUCCACCCCUAUCAACUUCUCAUUUCGGUGGCAAGUCUCGUGAUGAUCUCGAAUAUCGUAUUACCCAUAUUACUCCUUUUGUCUCCUUGCUUAGGUAUUCACCUCAAUGAUAAUAUCAAGAGGAAGAUCGCUUUGGAAUCAUUGAACGAUGUGCGUCGAGCGUUGGGCGCCUUGCCUGGGGCUAGGCAACUUCCGUUUGGUGGCUCUGAUUAUGCGCCGUACAGAGUAUCUUGCCCGGAUAAUUUUCAAUGGAUAAGGCCUGCCGAUGGAAUUGGUUCAGGAGAGGCAGCUUUUUUACAACAACGCAAACAAGUGACCCAACCCGCUAUCAACAGCAUGUUGAGCAAAGUCAACCUCACAUCACCUCCGAGGUUGCCAAUUCUAGGAGUUGCGCUAUCAGGAGGAGGGUAUAGGGCCAUGCAGGUCGGGAGCGGUAUGGUUCAAGCCCUUAUGGCGAAUUACCCCGAGUCUGCUACUUCUGGACUGGGAGGAUGGCUGGACGGAAUGGCUUACAUGGCUGGGUUGAGUGGAGGCUCUUGGGCCACUGGAAGUUUCAUGAUCAACGGGGGUAGAUUACCGACAGAUCUUGUCAACGAUGUUUGGAAUCUCGCCUCGGACUUGGUCGUACCUUCCGAUGACAAGUUGACUUUCUACUACGACUUGGUUUCAGAAGUCAACGCAAAACAGGGUACAGGUUUUCAAACGCAAAUCACCGAUUUAUGGGCUUUAGCACUUGGGAAUCAUCUUUUACCACCUCAAUACAGGUUGGACACAAGCCCCAAUGUCACUUUUGCUCAAUUACCCGCUGUUGUUCCUGCCUACGCCAACGCAUCUUUACCCAUGCCUAUAAUCAUAUCUGUUGAACGUGCACCCGGAACCACUGUCAUUCCUGAGAAUUCGACCGUCUAUGAGUUCACACCGUACGAAUUUGGUAGUUGGUCUUGGGGUAACACUUCCAAGACUGUGGGUGCCUUCACAUCUAUUGAAUAUCUUGGUAGUUCGUUGGACAAUGGGCAACCAAACGAUACCACUUGCUUCAAAGGAUUUGACCAGCUCUCUUUCGUCAUGGGUACUUCUUCCACACUUUUCAAUAACGCCAUCAUUGAAUUAGACUCUGCCAAUGCCAGCUCUGUGGUCGUCGAUGCUGCGACGGCCAUCUCGGAGGCCUUGGGUGAUGCUGAUAACGAUGUUGCAUUGUAUCCCAAUCCAUUCGCCAACUGGAACGCUUCGAACAACCCCAAUGCGGAUUCACAAUAUAUAACCCUUGUUGAUGGAGGGGAAGAUAAUCGAAAUAUACCUGUCGAACCUCUUCUCAUCCCCGAAAGAGCAGUCGAUGCUAUCUUGGCAUUCGAUUCAUCUGCCGAUACACCUUAUUCAUGGCCUAAUGGUUCUUCACUAGUAGUGACAUAUCAAAGUGCAAUGAUUCACACCUCAGAUUCCUCUCCCAACCUUCGUAUGCCACCUGUACCAUCAACAAACGGUUUUAUCAACGGUGAAUUAAACACUAGACCAGUUUUCUUCGGUUGUAACGAUACAGAACUUUCCUCUCCUAUAAUAAUUUACGUUCCAUCAUACCCUUGGAGUACACCUGCUAAUUAUUCAACACUUCAAUUACAAUAUGAUAAUUCAACUGCGACUCAAUUAGUCUUAAAUGGUUUAAGAAGUUUGACUUUAAAUGGUACUGUCCGAGAAUGGCCACAAUGUUUAGCUUGUGCUUUAUCCGAUAGAUCAUUUGGAUAUACCAGUCAAAAUAGAAGUUCGGUAUGUCAAAAAUGUUUUGAUAGAUGGUGUUGGGAUGGAAAAGAUAAUACCACCCAACCAGCGAGUUAUGAACCUAGAGUUGGCAGUGUACCAAAUUGGUUGGUGGAACAAGGAUUGGCGAAUCAGACAACGACUUCAAGUGGGACUUCAAGUUCGGCUAGUCCUUCAGCUAGUGGGAAGAAUUCAGGAGCUAGUCAGGUCAAGGUGAUGACGUUGGGUGGACAGAUUCGUAUCUUGUUGACGAUGGGAUUGAUGGUGAUGGUGAUGAUAGUGUAGGGAAUUGGACAAUUGAACAAAUCUGUUUUUCUAUGUGUUAGUAGACAUCAAGCAUGGCAUUAUUCUUUUUGUGUG